AGACAGGAUUCAACGAGAUUCAUCGGUGUCCGUCGAAAUUCGCAGCUAAUCUUAGAAACUAAGAGGACGAAAUGGCAAGAGGCUGUUGCGAUCGUUACGCAAAUGACAUCGACGUUAAAUGUGUCGAAGCCAACGAUGAUUGAGAAGGCAACGUGUGCCGGCUGAACGAUAUAUCAAAUAAACAAACUGCCGACAAUUGAGUCGCCGCCAAGCAUCGCAUAGUCUGUCCAUCGAAUUCGAUUUGACGAUAUCGCAGAACUGAAGCAUGGCUACCUUGGUAAUUGCGGAUUACGCGGUGAUCGCAAUUACGAUGCUCGUUAGUUCAGGAAUUGGUGUGUAUUACUGGCUCACCGGAGGGAAACAGAAAUCGACGGAGGAGUAUUUCAUGGCGGACAGAUCGAUGGGAGUGGCACCAGUCGCAAUAGGUUUAAUGGUUUCGUAUCUAUCUGCGGUUAGUUUGUUGGGUGUAAGCUCAGAAAAUUACGUGUAUGGCACUCAGUACGCUGUGAUCAACAUUUCUUACGGACUUGCUACUCCCUUCGUCGCUUACUUAUACAUGCCGGUGUUUUUCAAACUUGGCAAUGCCAGCGCCUUUGAGUAUUUGUACAAACGUUUUGGUAAAGCGGCGAGGCUGGCAGGAAGCUUCGCUUUUAUGCUUCAGCUGCUUCUAUACAGCGGUGUAGUGCUGUACGCACCCGCACUUGCUCUAGAAGCUACCACAGGUAUCUCGACAACUGCGAGCGUAAUCGGCAUGGGAUUAGUCUGCACGUUUUAUUCGACGAUAGGCGGUAUCAAGGCAGUCCUCGUUACUGACAUAUUUCAGAGUCUCUUGAUGCUGAUAGCCGUUAUCUUGGUGAUCGUUACAGCAGCCGUGAAUGUCGGAGGUCUCGAUCAGAUAUGGGAGAUCGCUCGUCAAGGGUCGCGAAUAGAAUUCGACAGCAUUUCAAUGGACCCAACGGUGCGACACACCUGGUGGAGCUUGACAUUUGGAGGUUUCUUCACCUACCUUUCCUUGUACGGCACCAACCAAGUUCAAGUUCAGAGAAUGCUAACCAUCAAAAACGUGAAGGACGCGCAAACUGCCAUUUGGUGGAGUUGGCCAUUGUCUUCGUUGAUGUCUUUGGGCCUAUGCUUUGCCGGUUUGGCGAUAUAUACCAAGUAUCGUGAUUGCGACCCCCUUCAGGCCGGAAGAAUCAACUCGUACGAUCAAUUAAUGCCGCUUUACGUGAUGGACAUGCUCUCCGAGUAUCCAGGUGUGCCAGGACUUUUUAUAGCCGGCAUCUUCAGCGCUGGACUCAGCACCAUCUCCGCCACGGUGAAUUCCCUAGCCGCCGUUAUGCUCGAAGAUUUUAUCAAACCCGUAUAUCGUUUUCGGGGCAAGGAGAUUAGCGCAACCGGAUCGAUCAUAGUCAGCAAGAUUCUGGCUUUUAUAGUCGGUAUCGCUUGCAUAGGAUUGGCAUUUAUGGGUCGAUUUCUUGGCGGGCUUCUUCAGGCUGCUUUGACGAUUUUCGGCGUGGUCGGUGGUCCUGUGUUCGGCAUGUUCACUUUGGGCAUGUUCACGCGGUUGGGAAAUCAGAAAGGAGCCAUCAUCGGACUCUUGACUAGCCUCGUUUUCUCUUUAUGGAUCGGUUUCGGUCAGCCAAAGCCACCGAUUCCGAACAAAGUGAACGUCACCGCCUUAAACUGCAGCUACGCCGAUGCAUAUUACUAUCAUGAGAAAUCGUCGAAUUUGCAUUUCGAAUACCAGCAAAAUAACAAUGACUCGUACUUCUACCUCUACCGUAUUUCGUACAUGUGGUACUGUCCACUAGGAAGUUUGAUCAGUUUCGUAGUAGGAUGGAUUUCCAGUUGGAUUUUGAGUUUAAUUCCACGUAAAGAAUCCAAGAAUACGCAGCCAGAACUUUUCGCACCGACUUAAUCAUCGCGACUAUGUAGAGAAGAAUCGAGAAAUUCGAAUGAAUUUUAUAGCAUAGUAGCACCGCGUACGUACGCUGAUUCGCGUAACGAGUGACGCAACAGACAUCUAAGAACGAACUUGUUUACAUACAUACAUUCAUACAUACACACGUAAUUUUACGAUAACGAAUAACCACCAUCGUCUUCUAAAUAUCCUAAGAUUUCCACUGACGCUCGAGUUACCAUUAAUCGGUUGCAUUAUAGAAUUUUUAAACGAACGAUCGCUCCUUAGAAGAUACUGCCUCGUCAUCCUAUAAUUUCCAACAUCGUCACGAGCAACGUAUGUCUGGUAUUUCUGCGACUAAAAAUUACACGUCUCCUCGUACAAGAAAACAGAGCUAACUUAUCGAUCGUUUAUUUGCAACGCGCUAUGGCUCGCAGAAAUCUCGCGAUUGGCCUUCACCUAAAAACAACCGAAACAAAGCCCAAAUCCGUGCAACAAGGUAUCUGUAACGUCCGUCUUAUUUCAACAAAAAUCUGAUCGAUCAAAGGAAAGGUCGGUUAGAACCGAGAGCCUAUCGUAUCUUGAAAAAAAGAAAAAAAAAAAGAACAUGUUAGGUAGAAUAUCUUAACUAACGAAAAGCUAGGUACCAUUCGAAAAAGUACGUAGAAGAUCUGUCGGAGAGAUGGAUCGGACGAAAUCGUGGUCGAUAUUACACGUACUCGGUUUCCUUUCGGAAUUCCGAUUAUCGUCACGAGGCGUCAACCUCUUCUCCUUCUCUGCAAUGAGGAGUAGACGUAAACACUACUCGAACCACGGGUGUGCUGAACGUUUACCGAAACGUUCGCAAAUCACGAUGGAAUGCCGUCAGACUAGUGUUCCCGUGCGCGGCACACGGUGACAUACAGAACGAAGCAACGACCCGUGCACUGUGCAGCGCUUACGUAAGGAAAUAACGCCGUAUCGAGAGAGACAGAGGGGGAUGGAGGGAAGGGGAGUAA